UUGGACGAGAUUUUUGACAAACUAGGUCCCAUCGUCAAGCGCUACGAGGAGAUCGAAUCCACAAUGGCGCUCCCUGAAGUCGCCACCGACUUCGAACGGGUUCAAACGCUGGCAAAAGAACGCGCCGGCCUGGAAGAGCUCGUGGGGAUAUCCCGCCGAUGGCAACAAUUGGCCGAGGAGCGCGGGGACCUGGAAUCCAUGCUCCGGGCGGAAAACGACCCCGAGUUGGCGGCAAUGGCCAGGGAAGAACUGGAAGAAGUCGACACGAAAAUAGAGCAGUUGGGGCGAGCCCUGAGGGUCGCGUUGGUGCCCAAGAAUCCCAACGAUGAACGAGACGUAAUCGUCGAAGUCAGGUCGGGGACCGGCGGAGACGAAGCCAGCCUUUUCGCCGCCGACCUCUACCGGGCCUACUCGCGUUAUGCCCAGUUGCACAACUGGAAAAUCGACAUCAUGGACUCGUCGGCAUCUCCCCUGGGUGGUUUCAACAAGAUGGUAUUCGGGGUGCAAGGCAAGGGCGCCUACAGCCGCCUCAAGUACGAGCGGGGAGUCCACCGGGUGCAGCGGAUACCUGAAACCGAGACCCAGGGGCGGAUCCACACCUCCACGGCUACCGUGGCCGUGCUGCCGCAGGUCGACGAAGUUGAGAUCAAAAUCGACCCGGAUACCAUCCGGAUCGACAUUUUUCACGCCGGCGGUCACGGCGGGCAGAACGUAAACAAAGUAGCCACUGCGGUCCGGAUCGUGCAUGAACCCUCCGGGUUGACUGUUACCUGCCAGGACGAACGUUCCCAGUACAAGAACAAAUCGAAAGCAAUGGCCAUGUUGCGGGCCCGCCUGUUUGACGCCGAAGAGGAACGCAAGUCACAGGAGAUGUCCCAAACCCGCCGCUCGCAGGUGGGGACCGCCGAGAGGUCCGAGAAGAUUCGCACCUACAACUACCCUCAGGACCGCAUCACCGACCACCGGAUAAACUCCAGCUUCCACGACAUUCCCAAGGUCAUGGACGGGUUUCUGGACGACAUUAUCGACGCCCUGUCCACCUGGGAAGAGGAACAAGCCCUUGGGGAGGCCGGAGCUUCCUGA